AUGGGGAAAUUCCCCUUCCUCGGACUCCUCAUCAUCGUCGGAUUCCACGUUACCUACAGUACCCAAUGCGACUGUAACUCUUCCUGCUCCAUUUACACGUCGCCUGUACAGUGUGUCAGAUGCUGUACCCACUAUGUCAAACGAUCACUUCCCCUUCAUCCAGCGCAUCAUAAAAAACGACAAUUCCUAUUGGAGAAUCUUCUAGAAACACCGCGAAAUCGAAAAAUCAAAAAACCAGUGUGGAGAGAGAAGGAAGAGCAGGACCCAGUGCAGUCGACACUGCCACGCUUCAUCCGUCUUUUGCUGAAAAAUCCUCUCUAA